AUGGGCGAUGUGGGCAAUGAGCUGUUUGCCGUGGCACCUCGGCGAGAGGAUCCAGAAGGGUCUUUUCUUGUACAGCAGGUGCAGCCUGAACUGGCGCCGAAGCUCACUGGCAUGCUCCUGCAGCUGGGUGAGGCCGAAUGCUGGGCCUGCACCUGGGGCAACCAAUCAGGCGAAUGGCGCGCACCUGUGACGGAGGAGAACUGGUUCACCCAACGAGAAGUUCCGGAAGGCUUGGAGGAUCACAACAAGCUGGCCGAACGCUUGGAUGAGGCGAUGGCCAUCCUGGAUGGAGCUCAUGCUGAGGCUGCGCCCAAAGCUAAGCCGCAGCCUGAAAAGCGGGUGGAUCCCGAAGAUGGGGUGACCAGGUCUCACUUGGUCCAUCCGGAGUCUCCAUCGCUGGGUGAGACAGAGCUGGUUUCAUCGAUUUCGGUGAUCCUUUUGGCGCCAUGGCACGGCGUCAUCCCGGGCCAUCCCGGCGGAGAAGAACACGGGACGUUCGCCGAGCUCCAAAAGCACUAUGCGGGACAAUACUCCCCGCAAGAGAUCAAGGACGCGGCCGCUCGGCCGGCGCCCGCGGCGCCCGCAGCACCAGCUGCAGCGAAGGCGGAGCUUGGGAGCGGAGCUUGGGAGCUUGGGAUCUGUGGUUCAGCCGGCUCCGGCUCCGGCGGCAGCACCCAAGGCAAGCGAGUCAGCGUGCAGCCGGCCCCAGCCAAGGCACCCAAAGGAAGCCAGGACGUGGUGCCUCGAUUGGGCGCCUGGCUCCGGGAACUGAGGCUAGAGGCUUACUUGGCGGCCGCCAACGAGUGGGCGGAGGAGCAAGGAUCUGAAGAUGAAGUCCCUGGAGCGCAAGAGGAUUGCGCCUUGCUCCGGAGACAGAAAGAAGACCCCAGUGGCCGCCGCGUCGUGGAGGUCGAGAAUGGCGAAGCCGCUGCGCAAGCGGUGGAAGAGAUGGAGGAGGAAGGUGCGGACGAGGACGAGGAUGCGCUGGAGGAGGGCCGAGCCGGACAGCUGGACACGGAACGGGACCUGGCUGCUCUCAGCUACGUGGACCACCCAGAACCAGAUCUUCCUCCAGCUCGCCCCGCAGCGGCGCGCCCGUGCGCCGCGACGGCAGCGCCCUCCGCAGCACGAGCACCGGCGACGUCCACGGCAAGACCUGCAGCUGUGGCCACUGCACCGGCACGAAGUGGUCGAAAGCAAGGCUUUGGAGGUUACUACGACAAGGGUGCAGAGGAGUCCCAGCCUUUUUCGAUGGGCCAGAGGGCUGAGAAGCGCGUCGAUCUGGAGGAUGGCAAAGCCAAGACCUUUCGGGAGCUACAAGCAGAGUACACGCACCUGUACAGCCCCCAGGAUUGGAUCGAUACCCGCGCGAACGGAACAGGUUUGGAUUUAUUUUCAUUGGACUUCAUGCUCCUCGGCCCUAGACGCGUCUUCAUGCGCUUUUUGGGGGAUCUCACGGAUGUCCCGCGGAUUUUUGAGGGAGUACAGAGUACGGUGCGACGCUCCGGAGGCGUUCUCCGCCGAGAGGAGGAUUUACCCAUCCUUCAACUUGGGGCCUUCAAGUCGAUCUUUGGAUCUUUGGCUGACUUGAUCAUCGCGUGUGUCUUCAGCCUUUGUGGGGUUUGGGCCCAUACCACGGCUCAGAACGAUCGGCUUCAAUCCUCGAUCCAGGAGCUCGACCUUCGGAUGCUGGUGGAUAAGCAGCAUGUGGAGACGGGCGCCUCGCGUUUCACCGUCUAUUGUAUUCAGAAUCUCAUCAGCCAGCGGAGUACCUCUUCGGGUCAGCUGCAACGGCUGGUGGGAAAGCUUAGAGAGAUGGCUAUGGGCAAGAUGCAUUGGCUUGAAGAGGAGGUCUUGCAAGCUCUGGAGUCCUGCUGUCACGGUUCGGAUGGUACGUCACCUCCGGACGAUUUGCUCUACGUCCUGAACUGUUCAGAGGUUGACCUGCCUCAAUUCUUAGCCUUGACCAGUAGCGAUCAGGUCAUCCACCUCUUCCGGAAGCACGUGGUGCACAUGGACACCGUGACCAAGACGCGGCUGGUGGAUGCGCUCCAACGGCAGCACGACUUCUACGUGAACCGGCUCCAACAGGAGUUGGUGGUGGAGCUGCUGGAGAGCACCGUUGGGGACGAGCUUCGGAUGAUGAAAGACAUCCUGGACGAGGGUGGAGACUUUUACAACCUACACAAGCUGGUCUUCCACGAUCUGGACCCUGAAAUGUAUUCCAAGGCGCUGAGCCAUAUCCAGAAGGAGGGGCGCCAUCUGGCCAAGCAGUACGACCCGGGGCAGGCGCCCAUGAAGAUUGUGAGUGACGUGGACGACACCCUCUAUGGGAGUGCCCAGGGCGGCAGAAUGGGAGAGAAGCGUCUUAAACAUCGAUGCAGUUACCUUCUCGAGUGA